AUGGCAGAGAUCAGCUGCGUCAAGGAGAUUCAAGAAGAAGAUGUUGAUAAGAACCGGUACUUACCUACUCAACCACAACUGGAUCUUCCUGAUCACGAAGAGCAAACGGUCAACGAAGAGGAUGGGUGCAAGACUCCAACAUCGUCAGCUCACAAGAUUCCAGCGGCGUUAUGCCCACCAGCUCCUAGGAAACCGAAACCAAACCGAUCUUCCGGGAUGAAAAGAAAAUUGACGCCGGUUAAUGCUGUUAACCGUAUACCCAUUGACUUGAGCCGUGAGAUCGAGAUGUUCUUUGAGGAGUUGAACCGCAGGAGCAAGAAGUCACGGAGACAAUUAUAA